AGCUUUCGUCAUCAUGGUCCUAGAGCCGUCCCCCAUCCUGCAGCCAGUCAACAGCAACCACCGUGUCACGGUAAAUGCAGCCGUGUAAGGAAACAUCUCCCUGGUGCUACCGAUCAGCUAUUCAUGGUCCAGAUUUAAAAAUGGCUUCUCCUCAGCCUGGCAGCCCACCUUCUGCAGAGCAGUACACUCCUCUUGUGAAGGAUGAACUGAGCGACGAUGAGCUGAAGGAUGAAAUCACGGAGGAAGAGGCGGCGAGGAUCGAGCCUGCGAGGAAGCGCGGCAGAGGAAGACCCCCCAAAGCCAAGCCUUCCUACAAAUGCUCCACGUGCGCCGAGGCCUUCAGGACUGUGUCGGCCCUGCGAAGCCACAAGCUCUCUGCCCACGUGAAGGACUGUAAGCAGCAACACCCGUGCUCCCAGUGCACCAAGCCAUUCUCCAGCAAGGCUCAGCUGGCGAAGCACGAGCGCACUCAUUCAGUGCAGCGCCCGUUUCAGUGUCCCGACUGCCACAAGGCCUACAAGACGCCCACAGAGCUGCGCAACCACAGCCGCUCCCACACUGGGGAGAAACCCUUCGUAUGCACCGAGUGCGGGAAGGCCUUCAUGCAGGCUAUAUGUCUGAGAAUCCACAAGACGCAGCACAGUGGCGAGCGUCCUCACGUUUGCCCGCAGUGCUCUAAAAGCUAUCCCACCCUGUCGAAAAUGAAGGUGCACCUGCGCUCGCACACGGGGGAGAAGCCGUACUUCUGCGCCGAGUGCGGGAAGAGCUUCGCCGAUCCGUCCGUGUUCAGAAAACACAGGCGAAACCACCAGGGCCAUCGGCCUUACGCGUGCGAGAAGUGUGGGAAGACGUACACGGAGCUGAAGGACCUGAAGAACCACGAGCGCUCGCACACCGGGGAGAAGCCGUACCUGUGCUCGGACUGCGGCAAGGCCUUCUCCCGCUCCUCCUCGCUCGCCUGCCAUCAGCGCAUUCACUCGCAGAACAAACCCUAUCAGUGCGAGCAGUGCGGCAAGGGCUUCACGCAGCUGUCCUCGUACCAGUCCCAUCUCCGCACUCACUCCGGUGAGAAGCCAUUCCUCUGUCCGCAGUGUGGAAAGAUGUUCUCGGACCCGUCCAGCUUCCGUCGCCACCAGAGAGCCCACCUGGGCUUCAAGCCCUAUCCCUGUGAUAAGUGCUCCAAGAGGUUCAGGCAGCCGGCCGACCUGGCCGUGCACGAGCGCGUGCACUCUGGGGAGCGGCCGUACAAGUGCCAGAGCUGCGACAAGGCCUUCGUGGCCUCAUGGGACCUGCGGCGCCACAUGCUCGUCCACACGGGUCUCAGGCCCUUUUCGUGCACCGAGUGCGACAAGUCGUUCGCCGAGCGCUCCAGCCUCAACAAGCACCGGCGCGUGCACUCCGGAGAGAGGCCUUUCAAAUGCGAGGAGUGUUUGAAGUCGUUUGUUGUGUCUUCCAGCCUGCGCAAACACGAGAGAACUCAUCUAGCUGAGCAGACUGAGCAGCAGCAGCAGCAACAGGAGACAGACGCCGGGUCAGCCUCAGGCUUUGCUGCCCACACAACCCUCCCCCAGUUCUCUUGUACGCAUUGUGACGCUACGUUCGGCAGCUGGGAUGAAGUUCAGGCCCAUGAAAAUCUCCACUCCAUCGACCCCGCUCCUCCGACUGCUGCCAAAAUGGCCUCGCACGCCUGCGAGACCUGCCGGGCGGAGUUCACCCAGCUGGCGGACUUGCAGGAGCACGAGAAGCAGCAUCCCAAGCCGAGGCCGCACGUGUGCGGCAGCUGCGGCAAAGGCUUCCUCAACAAAUCGGGGCUCCGCAAACACCAGAAGAUCCACUCCGCCAGCAAACCCCACAGCUGCCCGUGCUGCGGCAAAGCCUUCCUGUUCGCCGCUUACCUUCGCAAGCACUUACGCACGCACACGGACGCCGCCAAGGCCGCGGCGCAGCUCGACGACCUGAACAUCAUGCACACGGACCCGCUCCCGUCCCCGCCGCCCCCCACCGAGGCUCCCCACUCCACCGUGGAACCCAGUGCCAUAUCACUGACGGUCCCAGUGACUGUGCCUGUGGCGUCUUUUCAGACUUUGCCAGAAUACUUAGUCAAAGAAGAGGGACUGUAAGUUUUUAAAACAACAGUUAAAUGGCUUAAGUCCAUUAGAGACUGGGACACUUUUCAACAGCAUCGACCUUUAACAUGAACUCUCCAUGUAAAUUGUGAGCACCUUGAUGCUGUUUUUUUAAACAUUUUUUAAAUGUAUGAUAUAAACUGUAAAUAGCGUCUCAUCAGUUAUCUUACCUGUCAUAAUCGUGGUAUAAAAAGUAGUGUUGUAAACAUGCAGUAUAUGCCGAUUACUGUAACAUCUAUUUAAAUGUUGUUUUAAUACAGUUUUAAUUUAAUUUUCUUCAGUGAAACAGUUUGAAACCGUGUAAUUAUUUGUAAUAAGCGUCAUAGAAUAGAACAUUUGUUAUAUUUAAAAAUUCAACUUCUGAUUCCAAAGAAUGACAUUUUUAUAUCAAUAAAAAUGGGUAAAAAGUUGAA